AAAGCAAUUGUUGUUCUCUUGCUGCCUUGAGCAUACCAACACCACUCCUUGUCGGUAUCUAGGCCUUCAGUGUCGUCCGAGACAUUCCGAGACACAACGGGCCUGUUAGUCUCUCGUUUUUACUUCACACCGGUCUCUACGUGGCCUCUUCAUAGCUUGAGGGACGAUAUCGCUUUGUGGGUCUGUGGUUACCACGGUAUACCAAGUAACUCACCUUUUGAAUUCGUAGUAUAGACUCAUGUCAAGCUCAUAGGCAGCAGCGAAACGAAGCCUACUUGCAAACUACGUUAUAUGACCGUUAUGCCGGACACGACCAUGACGGACGACUCGUCGUUGCUCUCGCCCAAUGUUACGGGGCCGGGUCCGACGUGGGGACCUCCACGCGCUCCUCUACCACCUCACCGUUUAGCAAAGCUCGCAAAUGCACUUGGUGUCUCCACUCCAGUACCUAUUACUCACUCUUAUAGUCUACCUCCAUUUUCGCCUCCGUCGCAACCUAAUUCAUCUACAUCAUCAUCAUUUCCGGACCACUUUCGCCGUUCCCCCACACCUUCUAUGGCCUCUGGCAGCACUCAUACUCCCACAGCCUCUACUUCCAAGUAUUUGCUUCACGUCAUUCCCCCACAACAUCUGCCUCAUGAUAUCUCGGACGAGUUUGAACUCACGCCGUUUCCAGCUACCGCGUCAGGAUACCACGGUCAAUUCCGUCGCGGUAUCAUGGUUCCUGUUUAUCCUACUUUACAGUCUCAGCUCAGCGCUAUUGCUCGAGAAUAUGCUCUUCCGAGCACUCUUGGCAUGGUUCUUUACCUUAUUACAAACUCAUCGUUACCUUCAUCUGAUGUAGCGGUUUCUGAAGAACCUGGUCCCCGAAUAUCGGAGGAGAUUUGGAAGCAUAUAUGGACCCGAGUGCUCAGAGUCGAGCAGAACGAUGGCUUGACUCCAGGACCAAGGCCUUUAGGCCUAGGCUUCAACACUGCAGGCCGUUCUUCCCCAAGCCUCAUGCAGGAGGUGGCAGCAAGUGCUUCACUGCGAUCUUUGAUAUCCCCCAAACGAUUUGAUACCUCACAGCCUUCAUCUACAUCCUAUCCAACACCGUCGCCAUCAACACCUUCAAAUUCCGCCUACUCAUCCCAAUCCGACCUUGAUACUCCGGAAUCCGCUUCCUCUGUGUCUCUCUCAGGAGAUGGAGGUGUAAAUGCAAUCCCACUUCCUGGUCUUACUUCGCCUUCUUUGAUUCCGAUUCUUGCUAAGGUCGAGUUCGACAUCGAUCGUAAGAAGGCCGGAUGGUACGAACCUUGGGUACGAAGUCGUAAAGUCAAUCAUGCGAAGCGAGCGGAAAGUCGGCUAGGCAUGCGAAGUAGGAUGGACACUGUAUCAGAUGCUGGUGAAGCAGAUGAACCAGGUACGAAGAAGGCGCCGAUUGAUCUCGAGCUGGUGGGAAGGCUGCAAACGGGCAGUCCUGUUCCGAGUUUCCUUUUAACCACAGAGGGAUCCGCGAAGGGAGCCAGUAGCGAAAUCGAGGAAGAUGAGGAGAACGUUGACCUGAGUUCUGGGUACCAGCAGCUCUCAGAAUCUCCUGUUCACGUUGAAUUGGAGCAUUCUGACAGCGAGCACGAGGAGGCCGAGGCCGAGGAGGUGGAAGAUAUGGUUCAAGUGAACAGACAUGGUGAUCCUUUAGCUGAUGUCUUUGGGACAGAUGAAGAGGCUUGGGCUGACUUGCAUGCAGGAUCAGAAUCACGAGGGAUAUCCAAGCGGCAAAGUAAUUCUCACAUUGUCGAGCUUGCUUUGGAUGGUGCUGCGCUUUCUGCUAUGAACGACCUGGAAGCGGAUGAUGAGGCAGACAAGUGGUCGGAGACGGGUGAAGUCACGGAACUGCUAAACACCCUCAAUAGGCCUACGCUCUCUGUGUCGAUACCGUCUUCCCCGCCCAACAAUGGCCAAUCUUCGACGAGCGAUACUGCAACAACUGCUGCCACGAUUAAACGGCAUAUACCUCCGCCUCUGAACUUAGCCGCUUCGGUUCCUUCUACGGAUGAAUUGGCUGUUCCUGCUCUAACUAGCCCAAUGCCAGGUAGUAGUGGAAGCGUUCACUUGGCGUAUUUGAACGACCAGCCAUCACCACUGGAGUCCACAUAUAGCCAACCUGAACAUUCUGACAAUGACGAUUUUGAUGAGGAGGUAAUGAAAGUGCGAAGUCCUCUGGAGGAGAAACGAGGUGGUGCUGUCUUUGAUGACCUGAAUCUUGGACUCGACCCUUCCAUGACAGAUGACGGUUCAGAGUUUGAUGAUAGCGACCCCAAUGAUCGGCGAAAGAGUCAGUACAUUAUGGCCGCGCAGCUUGACGAAAUAGAGAAGACUUUGGCCCAGUUCUCACCACGUCAACUGAAGCCAGAGAUUCUCGAUGAGUCUCCUCGACCAAGUUCGGUUCGGAGCACCGGCUCUCCUCGUAGUAACGGAGGCCCGCCGCGAUCUCCUCCCCAGAGCUUGAGUGCGCCUGGAGAGACCCCAUCUUGGCCGGCUGUCCCUUUCUCUGCUCUGAAUGGUAACGGAGGUGAUGAUCCUGAUCGACCUCCUUCACCUCCUCGGUUUGCUUUCAAUGGCAUAUCUACAGAGCCUCCGAAGUCUUUCCAGCCAAAGCGUCCAUCAGGAGGUAUCAUGUCCGAUGAGAGUUUGGCACGUAAGCGUGAACUCGAGGAAGAGCGUGGACUCUAUCCGCCUUUGGCUGCUCCUAAUCUCUUCCUUCGAGACCGGACUGAUUCAGAGUCGCCUAUCAUUCCCUUGUCACCAGACCCAUUCGGACGAUUCCCCUCGCAGGCCGAAAGUGUAUACAUGGAGGAAGAACAGCGGAAAUCGCAGAUCUUCCAGGAAGAUACAGCGGCGCAGUCUCAUGAUCCCAUCAUCAGUCCACCAGACCGCUCGUCGUCAUUAACUCUAGCUCAAGCUAGGGAAAGCGGUGACCGAUCAGCUGCGCACACACCGUCUAGCAGGUUCUCUUUUGAUUCCGUCACGUCAGAAGACGCUACCAAAUCUCAGCAACAGCAGAAGUCUGCUCCGCUCAUGAGCGUGAAGAGUAUUCGACGACUUUGGAGAAGAAGCGACAAGCAGGCGUCUAUAUCCGGUAAUUCGACUUACACUAUACCAGAGUCUGGUCGGACAUCACCUAACGUUCCUCAAUCGAAUGGACAACCUAUGAACGGCCGAACACGCUCCAAGUCUUUCUCGAAGCAAAUGCUACCACCGCCAGCGCCCGUUAAUUCCUCAGGCAACCUUCCUGUUCCGCCAAUGAUCCAAGCUAUGCGUGAAACUCCGUAUCGAGGCAUACAACUUGAUGGUGAUUCACGAUAUCCUCUAAUUCCAAUUCAUUCUCACCCAGUACCUCCUGCGGGUAUGGCUCGUCAACCAUCUCCGCCUCCUGAAAGGCCGCCGUCCAUGGCCAAACAACGACCACCGUCGGUGUCUCCGCAACCUCCCUCAGAGUCGAACAGGAACAGCGGUGUUCGCAAGUCCAUACUCAAGUCUUGGAAAUCCGCAUCGGGCAGUCUCUCUGUCUCCAAGGGUAGCUCUAAACCUACGUCAUCGACAACAACGCCACGAUCGAGUACGGAACAAGCUCCAGAGGGUCGUCGAAGGAGACCGAGUGUAUUAGAGUUGGCAACCAACAUGAGGAAUUCUGUGACUAAUGGAUUCUCGGAUAUCCCACCGAGCCCUGCGCUACCGGAUCAGUACGCUCCCCUUCCCAAUUCCCGUGCUUCUAGUCGCCAGUCUCAGAUGACGCUUAAUGGCAUUAUUAACGGUGCUCCUGCAGAGAAACGUCCUGAGUCUGUCACACGUCGAGGCCCCAGCGUGUCGUCAACUUCCACCACGGCUUCAUCUUCACGAAUACGCUCACCGCUGAACGCAGGCAUAGGCACUUCGCCACCUCGAAAUGGCGUUGGUUCCCGACUUUCUGAUGCCUCGUGGGAAGAACGACCAAGUUUCGAUGUUUCUCAGUUCGAGAUCGUCUCUCCUCCAAAAUCGCACUUCCUGGAAUCAACCUUAUCAUAUCCCUAUCAUGGGCUGGAUCACUCAAUGACAUCUCAAGAGUCAUGAGGAGCGAUGAUCUUUUAAAUUUUCAUCGUUUUCGUACCUACUUGCUGGCCGAUUUAGUUUUUCUUCAAUCUCUCUGUCCAUAAGCUCCAUUUGUCCAUUCUGAAUCUUGCUUUCGGUGUGCUUAUUUUACACUUACCUGUUCUUACGCUUUCAUAUUUUUUUCGUUUUCCAUUUAUUCGUCGUUUUUCUCUAUCUCACAUCUCUCAGGGUACGCACAGCAGCAAUUAUGCAUUCUUCAGCCUAUGCUUCGUUAGUAAAAUCCAACUUAUGGUACAUGCGAUCUGGCUUCGCUUGUAAUACAAGAAACUGCGGUGCUAAGCGACUGACGUCGCGCUCACCCUGACGGAAAUGUUUCCCCUGCGUGACUUUUAGAAUGAGUGCUCUGUUGAGUCUUUGCC